UCUGUUUCUCUCUCUACAUAGGUUUGUCUUUUUUGAAUUCCGCGAGGCACAAUUGUCAAUUUUUUAAGCCUCAUGCUCACUUCCACGGCUUUUCCCUUCGUUCUCCCUCUCUCUCUCUCUAUGACCCGUUCUUCCUCAGAACUCUGUUUUCAGUCCAAGAAACUCAGUAAAGAAAGAGCACGGGAAGCUUCUCUCUACAGAAAUAGAGAUCUGAGCUCAGAUUCGGACACCCUUUUUCUUCCUCUAGUCUUUCCCGACUUCAGUCCACAGAGGAAAUGGCAGAAGCUGUCUAUUACCUCGGCAAGGUCUGAAUGUGCUCAAAAUCCCGUGCGAUUCUUUGCGAUAUUAUCCAUGCAAAGAUCGGGUAGUGGGUGGUUUGAGGUGCUCUUAAACAGUCACAUGAACCUACGCUCUAAUGUAGUGCUUCAAAGAACGAGUGCUCUGCUGCGGUCGGUUUCAAGUGGAUGUUCAAUCAGUUAUUCAUUCUCUUUGUUAAUGAAGAUCUCUUUAAUGGGAUUGAUUCAGCACCACAAAGAGAUAGUGGAGUACUUCAAUCGGAGAGGUGUUUCGGCGAUAUUUCUACUCCGAAGAAACCCAUUGCGCCGCAUGGUUUCAGUGCUAGCGAACUCCUAUGAUCGUUACGCAAAGCUAUUGAAUGGGACUCACAAAUCCCAUGUUCAUGGUGAAGAAGAGGCGAGUAUGCUUUCCACGUACAAGCCUGGGAUCAAUUCAACGUCACUGAUGAAUGAUCUCAAGGAAAUGGAAGAAACGGUUGCAAGGGCAUUGACCUAUUUCAACAGCACAAGACACAUUGUUCUCUAUUAUGAGGACAUUGUCAAGGACGAAAAUAAGCUAAAAGAAGUCCUAGAGUUUCUUAAGGUUCCAGUGAGGGAACUGACAACCCGCCAAGUGAAAAUCCAUAAGGGGCCGUUGUCGGACCUCAUCUCAAACUGGGAUGAAGUCCACUGAUCCCUUAACGGGGCUGCCUCCGAGGAUUCAUCAACAACCCAGACUAUUAAUUUAAUGGAAGUUGAUAGCCGCUAUGCAGACUUUGCUUUGUGAAUCCCGUGUACAUACUCGAGACCAGACAACUAACACCACCAGCUCAAGUGAAGAUUUGGUUCCAGUUUUUGCAAGCUUACUCCCAUCAUUCAACUCCUUGUUGAGGUUUGGUCAAAGGUUAUUUCUCGAUCAACGGCUUGUUGAAGUGUAUACGCCUUUGUACUCUCCUUCCGUUUGUUGUAUACAAGACUGUCAAAGGGUUUGAAGCAAUGUACGGAAUCAAUUGGGUUCACCUGCCG